AUGGAGGGUUUGAUUCCUUUUGUGUACAGAGCCAUAGUUGAAUACAAGAAUGGGAAACAAGCGGGUGGAGCCUUGAACUCGUGGUUCAGCGAGUCGCCGACUUCAGCUUCGUAUAUCCGUUUACCCGGCGACUCGGGUCGGAUCCAAGCUUCGGAUUUUCAGCUGUUUAUGUCGGAUUAUGGUAUGAAUUCUGGUUCUUCGGCAUCUUCUUCUGCUGCCCAGAUCAUGAAAUCGUCUGGAGUUCAAUCCCCAAUUCGUCAUCGAGUUGCUAGUAAUUAA